AUGGGGUGUGCAGUGUCAAAGCAAGACGAAGAAGACAAUGUGGUCUCACUGUGCAGAGAAAGAAAAAAACUACUCAAGUUAGCUGUAGAGAGAAGGUAUGCUUUCGCAUAUGCUCAAUGUAAAUAUAAUCAGUCUCUUUAUGGAGUAGCAAUGGCUUUAAGGUUGUUUGUUGCUAGACAUUCCUCUCCAAGUUCUCCUUUCCUUAUUACCUUCCCUUCUACUUCUUCCACUAUUGAUCCUAAAGAGACCCUUAUUUGCAAUUCCAACUUUCAUCAACAUAGACCAAGCGAAGCCACUCAUGAGACUAUUUCAUGUCAAGACUCAGUUUCUAAAGUUUCUUUAGUUUCCUCUAAGUUAGAGGCUCAAAAACAAGAAAUUAAAGAAUGUAGCGGUAGUGAUAGUGAUAAUGAGGAUCUUGAGGAAGAAAGCGAUAGCGGUAGUGAAGAUGGAGAAGGAGUUUGUGAUCAUUUUUAUGAUGAGGUGAGUCCAUUGAUGCCAUCAGCGCAGAGGGAAUUUGGGUGGGAUUUUUUUAAUCCUUUUGAUGGAGUGAGGACUGAAGUGGUAAAUGGGUUUCGUCAAAGCUCUGAUGAGGAAUUGAGGGAUGUGAGAGAGAAGGAGGGGAUUCCUGAGCUAGAAGAAGUAAAUGAGAGAGUAAAGAGUGAAAGUGAACGAGUGAGUGUGAAAAUUGGUGACGCGGGUUAUAAAGAGAGUGGGGUUAAUGAUGAUGUGAAAAGUGGAAAUGGUGCUGAUGUUGGAUUAGGAGAGAGCAAGGGUUUUAGAGUGGUUGAUGCACCAACAAAAGGGAGGGAAUUGUUGGAAGCAUUGAAGCAUAUUGAGGACCAUUUUAUCAAGGCUUAUGAUUCUGGUUUGGAAAUUUCAAGGAUGCUCGAGACCAAUAGAGUUCAAUUGCUAUCUGGUUUAGAGGAAAUCGAAGAGAGCUCAAAUAAGCUUGUCCGGUCAAUUACCUGGAGCCGUUCCCUCUCAUCUCGGUCCUCCUCCUCCAAAAGUCUCCUUUCGUCUAGCUCUGUAAGUUCUUCCAUGUGGACAGAACUCAAGAAUGAUCUAUUUGAUGACUAUGGGAUGGAAGCAGGUUGCCAUUCACUGACGCUUGGGCGGUUAUAUGCUUGGGAGAAGAAACUCUAUGAGGAAGUGAAGGCUGGCGAGCAGACCAGGAAACUUUAUGUGCGAAAAUGUUCUCGUUUGAGAAACCUGGAUGCUGCAGAAGAAGGCCUCCACAUGAUAGAUAAAUCUCGAGCUGAAGCAAAUGACCUGCAUAGCCAGAUCUCAGUUGCAUUGCGAAGUGUGGAAUCAAUCUCGGAAAGAAUCCAGAAAUUGAGAGAUGAAGAGUUGCAGCCACAACUUGUCGAGUUGCUAUAUGGCCUGAUGAGGAACUGGAAGAUGAUGUUGGAAUCCCACGAAACCCAAAACCGGGUAAUGCUUGAAGUGAAAUCCUUCAACUGUCCAGCAUAUGGAAAGUUCUCUAAUGACUCUAAUCGUCUUGCUACUCUUCAACUUGAGGCAGAACUUGACAAUUGGCAUUCCUGCUUUACUUCUUAUGUAUUUACACAGAAGGCAUACAUUGAAGCUCUUAGUGGUUGGCUAUCCCAGUUCGUUUCUCCAGAAGAUUUCUGCUCCAGUGGCAACUCUUUAGUCCCUCCUUGUAGAAUCAAUUGGCCACCAUUGCUAGUAACCUGCCAUGAUUGGUUAGCUUGCCUAGAGAAGUUGCCACACAAGACUGUUACUUGUGCGAUGAAGAGCUUUGGAAAGGAUAUCCGUGCCAUACUGAAUCAGCAAGGAGAAGAACAACAGCAAAAGAGGAAGGUUGAUGGAUUGGCCAAAGAACGUGACAGGAGGACUCUGGCAUUCCAGAGAGCAGAGAGGAGGAUUCUUGAAUCACAGAUUUCUGAGCAGGGAUCAGAAUUGAGUGUGCGUAAUCGCAUAGAAUACAUAGCAGAAAGGAAAAAUCAGUUGGAUAUGAUCAGGGAGAGACUAGAGGUAGAGCAGAGAAAGCAACUUGCUUGCAUGCAAGAGACACAUGGGAUCACCAUAAAUGGAUUUCAGAGAGGAUUUUCUUCAGUUUUUGAAUCCUUGGCUGAGUUUUCCAAGGCAACGGUAAAAAUGUAUUCUGAUCUUGUCACAUACAGCAAACAUGCCAAGACAGCAGAGAACAAUGAUGGCAACUUAUCCUAUGUGGAAGCGAUGGGAUCUCAGGUUCCAAGUUGUAAGGCGUAG